CCGGGGCGGGACUCCCCUUCCGCUCUGCGUCCCAGUCCAUCCCUUUGGCUACGCUGCCUCAGCCAGGGAUGUCAACCCUCCACCCUCUGCGAUGGCAUCACGUCUCCAGCGCGCAGACACCAGAGUCCCGCCCCCGUAUGUCACUUCCGCGACGCUUCCGCUGCGGUGCCUUGUGGGUAGCCGGCCAGGGGGUCUCCUGGCGACGACCAUGGCGGGGGAUGUGGGCGGUCGCAGCUGCACGGACGCGGAGCUGCUGCUGCACCCUGAGCUGCUAUCCCAGGAGUUUCUCCUUCUUACACUGGAGCAGAAGAACAUAGCUGUUGAAAAUGAUGUCAGAGUAAACAAAGACAACCUUACUGACCUUUACGUCCAGCAUGCCAUACCAUUGCCUCAGAGGGAUUUGCCAAAGAAUAGAUGGGGGAAAAUGAUGGAAAAGAAGAGAGAACAUCAUGAAGUAAAGAAUGAGACCAAAAGGAGUAGUGCUAUAGAUGGAUUAAGGAAAAGGCCCCUCAUUGUGUUCGAUGGGAGCUCAACAAGCACCAGCAUCAAAGUGAAGAAGACAGAGAACGGAGCAGAUGACCGACUCCAGCCUCCCGCCCAGACAGGCUCCAGCGGUGAUGCCGUACGGAAGUUACCAAGUUCCUCAUCAAGGAUUUCACCCCUAAUUUUGUCUUCCUAUCUGCCUAUGAACAAUAAAAUGGAACACAGUAACAAUAACACUAAACAGAACCAUGACUUAACACAUAGGAAAAUUCCUUCGGGUCCAGUGAAAUCGCCACCUUUGUCCCCUGUUGGAACUACUCCUGUGAAAUUAAAACGGGUUGCUCCUAAGGAAGAGGCAGAGGCCACGAAUCACCUGAAGCCUCCUGAAGCUAAGAGGAAGAUCCAGCAUGUUACAUGGCCAUGAGGGGAAGCCUCCAGAAUGUGACUAGAGCUGCAGUUGCGGUUCUCAGAUGAGCCCACAGCACUCACAGACAACCUGACUGCUGUGGGAUUUUCUUGAGGUUUAAAAUAGGUGUGGAAAAAUAAAUGUCUUUCCCUUCUCUCCCGCCCUCCAUUUUUUUCCCCUUUCUUACAAUGCCUUGACAUUCAUGUCCCAAUUAGGGAAGAAUUUCUUUUUAAAAUAGAGUUUUGUACACAUUUCUGUAAAUUUCAUUUCCCAAGCAGAAGCAUAAAGCAGUUCACAGUAUUUCCACCUGCAUCUUGAAGGGUUUGCCAAGAAAAGUGUGUUGAUGGUGUUGAUGGAAAAGCUUUCUGUUUUUCAGCUGCGUGUGCCACUUUAUCCCACGGAAAGCAAAAGGGAA